AUGUUGAGUAUGUAUCUCAUAUCUCGAGAAAACAAUCGUUUGAAUUUGGGUAUCAGAUGUCUUCGAUAUUUUUGCCAGAAAAACGGCUUUUCUUUGCUCGAUAUCGCCUACCGCCAUCUGCCAACACAGCUCUCUUUCACUCAACUCGAGGACACUGGUCGAGGAACGAUUAAGCCACCGUCUUACCAACAUGCCCCAAUGACGCCAGACUUUGACCAAGAGGCGAUAGAUGCCAUGAGUUACGACGGCUUGCCUCCCCUCCAAGCAAAGAUAUCGACCUCGGAUAUUGUCAUCUUCACGAACCUGACGAGCGUGUUCCUGAAGAGCAACCGACGAAUAGAACAAAUGUUUUCGGCUGCUAAUGAUGAACCGGGCACUGUUGUUGUCAAGGAUGGACAAUUUACGCGUCAAUCUAAUGGAUCCGGCCUCACCACAGUCGGUUCGCCACUGGGACUAGCAGAUAUCGAUUUCGAAGACAGUACUAAAGAUGGACUGGUCAUUGACCCUUUCUUAUCCGAAAUCCCGAACUUAGUGGUAGGAGAAGAAACGAUAAUACGAGCAGUAGAUGGCUUACAAUUCGCAUCUCCAGAUAUGCUAUCAUAUCUAAGGCUGCCUUAUCGCGGAGGCGUUACUAUUGCUGUUACACCGCGUGAAUCUUCUGGAUUGUUGUCUGGAUUAAGUACCGGUGCUGCACACACGUUGGAGGAUGGUGCCAUAAUACACGACGUCUCGGUACUGCAUGUUAUGGUGUCCAUGUCUUCACCCAUCAACCGAAAUACACGGAGAAUUAGGUGCGAGUUUAGGAAGGUCGUUGAGGGUGAACUGCCGCUUGUCGUGACGGUCAACAGCGUCGAUGUUAUGGCGUCUUUGAUACAACUUAAACAAGAACCAGAAGAGAUAUCUGAAAAAUCUAUUCGUAUGACGUUCCUUGGAGCGCCCGAAGCGCAUCUUCUUGCUACCGAGAUAGGCAACGCUGGUGUUGGCGUAAUCCUUAGUCGUGUGCGGCCUUUCCCUAACGACUGGCAAUCAAGGAGAACGUAUGUGAUGUUCAUUACCCUCUUCGAUGAGAGAAGAUUAUUAAAGCGCUGUGGUCUUCCAGGCCCGCCGCUUUCCGAGGACAGUGCGCUAGACGUACUCCUGUCGCACAAUGUCACGAUGGGCAUCGGCCUUGAUAUUUUUGGUUUGGGUCCUCAGAAAAGCACUGCCCCGAAUACGAGAUCUGAUGCAGCCUGGCUCGCACGGAAUUAUCACAGUCCGAUUGCGCUAGCGUUAGUGAAUUUGGAGACGCUACUUGGCGUGGAUACGAGGGAUCGGGAGAAGCCAUCGUCUUUUGUCGCAGUCGCAAGGCCACAGAACCUUCCAUUCACCAACAUGUUUGCCAUGCCUCAUGCCUAUCACUCUUCUGUUUUCACAUACCAUGUUGCCAACACGCGUCUCUCCAAAGCCCAAACAUCUAACCACAACCACGAUUGCGAAAAUGUUCGACACAACGACGACCAUGAUAAACCUCCUUCUGAAUACAUGGCUCUACUGGCAGCUGAUUUGCGCGUUCACCAUCAUCGCCAAAGUUGGAUAGUCUACCGACUUGAGCGCAAUGCGAAGCUAUUCUUGGUGUUGCUUCUCUCUGUCUUCAUAACGUAUCUUGGAGUAUGGCCUCAGACGUCAGCUCUUGUUCAAGCACAUAUGGUGGAGUUCAUCAAGGAUAAUCUUGCGUUGAUCAGGUUCGCCAUUACGGGUGCAGCCCGUGCUGUGUACAUUAUCAUGAUUUGGUACAUCGUGGCUUACUGUCCCGAAGUUGUGAUAUUGGAGCUCGUCAUCCGUAGGCCGCUGUGUAUGGUCGAAGCGUACUUGAAUCGGUUGCUGGCAUGGAUAUGA